GUUGAAUAACCUCAGCUAGCUUGUCUUUAAAGCUAGCUAAAGUUGGUGUUAAAAUUGACGACAUUGACGUGGACCAAGCUAUGAACAUCAUCACGUGCCGCCGCCAAAAUCUCCCAUUCUUUUCGUUUUUACCCCGUUAAAAGACGUUAUUUGUGAAUUGUAAUGAACACAGAGGGGAUGCGCCGACCUCGUUUGCGCCAGAUUUGUUAGUCAAGCCGCAGCAUCCAGACUUGAGUAACUGGAGGAACCCAUCCCCCUCAAUUAAAUACGAAUGCUGGUUACAUAAAUAUAUAUUUUUUAACGUGAUGUGUGUCAGUAGGUUGAUGGCACCCACAAAAUCCGAAGUACUGUAACGUAAAAUUAACUAAAGUAAAAACUGCAGACGCCAUCCAAUGUAACAUUAGAAGCUUGCAGCAGUUAUGCUGUGAAAUAUGUGUGAAGUGGUGACACACUCCCAUGAUGACAAAAUGGGUGCUGUAGUUCUUUCCAUUCACACUUGUAGUCCGGUAUACUCUGAUCUGGGCUAAAAAUGACAACAAAGAUACUUGAUUGUCACUUGUGUGCGGUCUGGGUUGUGUUCACUCUGUUUUUGUUCGCUGACCAGAUGAUGCUGUCUGUUAAGCAUUAGCAUAAAUUUGCACCUGUCACUACACGAUGUGUUCUACGCACGUGCUAAACGCGUCUAGAUCCGGUAGGCAAUGUCAGGCAACUCGAUUUGUACUACACAUGUACAAACUACGUCAUCCAUGGAGCUACAGUAUUACACAGCAGUCAAGCCGUCACCACGUGAUCCCUACCUGAAACGUGAUCGGUUCUACACAUGUGUAGAAUGCGUAUACAUCCUUUCGCCUAUUUUUUGGCAGUUGUGUGUCUGGCAAGCAAACUUGGGCAAUCGUCAUCUGUCAAUUGUUUUUAUGGCAGUUACAAACUGUAAAAGUCAGGCAACACUACGCGUGUGCCAUUUACGUCACCCCCCACACUCUUAAAAAAACGUUAAGAUUGGAGAAAUUACAACAUAAUACAUUUAUUUCUUGCAUCAUAUCCAUGGUGCAAGUGGAUAAAUUAUAAGAUCUCUUUUCUUGGUUCCAUCAAUUAUUUUAAUUAUGAAUUAAUCACCUCUGGUAAAAUACGAAAAUUAGAAAAAAAACAACUAGCAGAAUCCUCUAGAUGAAUCCAUUAUUGCACUCUGCUUAUGGCUGUUCACAUUCAAGUAUUACGCUAUUUUAUUCUGUAUUUGUAUUAAUUCAUGUAUAUUAUACGUGACCAGAUGUUAAAUGAUGUACCACAGCACCAGACGUCGCAGCAAGACUGUCGUAAAAAAUGGCGAAAGAAGGAAGUAACCAAUCGAGUUUCUGGUACAGAUCGUGUAGUGACACAAAUGACACAAAUGUGCAAUAUGCGUCAUUCCCCCCCGAAAAAUGUUAUUUAGUUUCAAGAAAUGACUAUCUAAUCGAUCUAUUUAAAAAAUAUAUACAGGAGAAAUUAUAGGUCUUCCUUUCCAGCCAUCCAUCCAUCUUCCGUGCCGCUAGGGUCGCAGGCAUGCUGGAGCCUAUUCCAGCUGACCUUAGGUGAGAGGCGGGGUACACCCUGGACUGGUGUCCAGCCAAUGGCAGGGCACAUAUAGACAACCACUCACAUUCAUACCUAUGGACAAUUUAGAGUCUCCAAUGAAGCUAACAUGCAUGUUUUUGGAAUGUGGGAGGAAACCGGAGUACCUGGACAAAACCCACGUAUACACGCGGAGAACACGCAGACUCCACACAGAGAUGCCCAACGGAGAUUCCAACACAGUACUUCCUGAUUUACUGACCAUGUGUCCAACAUGCUAACAACCGUGCGGCCCGCCUUACUUUCUUGGAUGUAUAAAUCAUUUUUAUACAAAACUGAAAAAACUAUGGACAAAAACAUUUGCUCACUAGAUAUGUUUGGAUGGAUGGAGGGUAUUUUUUGUUUAGAAGAAAACUCUGUAGCUGCUAGUACGCGGACAAAUUCAUGUUUUCCGGUCGUUUAAAUUCAAAUAUCACAGCAUUUUAUGUUCUUUUGUAUUGUUUAUUUAUUUAUACAGAUACCAUUUUUUUUCUUUAUUUGCUUUGUCGAUAUCAAGUGUGGUUGUUAAGCUUGUAUGUUCAUAAAUUAAAAACAUAUUAAUAAAUAUCACGGCAUGUGAUGUCACAGAGGCUCCAUCACAAAAAAGAAAUUGGAGUGGAGGAAGUGGCGUAGGUCUCGUGCAUGUGCAGAACCGAUCAUGUUUCUGGUACGGAUCAUAUAGUGACAGCAACUCCAUUGCUUGUAGGACUUGCCUUUCUAUGGCAGAUUUAACCAAGCCAGCUGAGAUGUAACCAAGAAGAACGACAUCCAUCCAGCCAGCUUUGUGGUGCUCACACUUGCCUCACUAAGGGCUGGAGUUAGCUGGCUGAUGGACCAUGACCUAUCUCACAGGCGGUCUCCCUGUUUGGUCCAGUCCUUUUAGGACCUGGACUGUGUUCAUCACUUGACUUGGAAAGGAAGUUAGUCAUCCUGUCAUCAGCGUAGACCCAACCGAUGUUUACGGAUCUUCUGAAAGCACUACCCUCCCAAUCUGGGACCUCUGAGAUACGAACAGUUCUUUAAUGUUUUGUCAUAGAUGUCAGGUUCAAAUAGUAAUGCCGGCAAUGAAACUGUUGUCUUUUGACCUACAGUAUAAACUAUUGGAGGAUGCCCAGAGGGAUAUGUGCUGGUUGUCUACAAGUGUGCAUUUAUUGCAGUAAUAGUUGUGGCGUAUAUUCACUGUGCACGCCAGCCCGUUAUUAUCCCAGUUGUGGGAUGAGAGAGCAUUCAGGCCAGGCUGCCGAUCUGUCACGGUUUGUGGCGCUGUCCAUUAGCUCGCCCAAGGGUAACUCGAGACGAGGAGAGCUGUGUGCUUAUGGGGGCGGAGGAGGACAGUUUGAAAGUCCCAUAUUUAGGAUGAGAUUGUUGGAGGAGGGGGUGCCCGGCGAAUGGGCAUCUGAGGCCGUUUGAUCGGGGCCAAUCAAUCAGGAUACAAUGAUGCUUGGCUUGCUCGCUGACAGAAUGACGGGCGAAGGUCAGUAGCCGCCAUGCAUUGGCGGCUGGAUGAGGAGGAGUUGAGAAGAAGGCCAAAGACUGAACUUGACAAGAGUAAAGGAUCGUGGGAAAGGCGUGCAAGGAGGCAGAGGGGGGUGCUGAGUAGCUUCUUUGAUGACAGAACAGAGCGUCUCUCUGCAGGAAAAAACCUAUGACAGAUGAAAACAAUUGGAUAGAAAAGGUGAUGAAGAGGAUUGAUGCUACCCAUCAUGCACUUGGUGUGAAAACCUGGAUGGAUGGUGUGUGUGUGUGUGUGUGUGUGUGUGUGUGUGUGUGUGUGUGUGUGUGGGUGAGAAAAGAUAAUAUUUCAUGCAGUGGCUCUUGUUAAUGAGAUGUCACCGUCACGUCUUUUGUUCAUUUCAGAACUAAUGAUCAUUUCUGGCACAGAUUAACUCAUUACAAAGCACUCAAUCAUUGGAAAUUCUAGUAAAGGACUUUGCUAAAAUGGCUGCCGUGCAGCACAAUGACACUAGAACAGCAUUUCCCAACCUUUACUGAGAGAAGUCACGUAUUUCACAUUCAAGAAAUCUCACAGCUCACCACCAAGUGGGCCAGGACUUACCCUGACUUCCAAUUCCACCCCUUUCCCCUUAUCUUAGCUCUUACCCCUACAGUACAAUUCAGACGUUUCCAAAUGUGACUCAGGCCUCAUUGGCAUGUAGAUAUAAAUCCGAUAUGUAUCUGAUGUACUGCAGUCUGAACGGUCAGGUGUCAUACAGUAUAUCCCACCCGUACGUCAUAGAAAGGUAUGGUUUACUGUGCAAGACGUGGAUAAAGGUUCUCACCGAGGUCGGCAAAAGUUUUUCUUGUCUUAUGACAAUUAUUUUUAAGCGGCUCACUGCUGUCACACCGUUCCUACCACCCACAUGCUCCUCAUAACAGACGUGGCAGCAAGUCCUCCACCAACUGCCAUUGCCAAAAUUCUUGCCCUCUUUCUUCUAAAUAUCCUACAUGGAAUCAUUUGUUUGAGAAAAUAUUCACUCCUGUUGCACAAAAUCCUUGAAAUUCACAUUUCACUGCAGUAAUCUUUGCUUCUGCAAACACACAGAAAUGGGUGUGACGUCAUCGUGCUUUUGCGCAAGCACGUCACUUCCUGGACGCUUUGUGUUCACAUUAACAGGUCGCAUUUUUUUGGCAAUGUGAACGAUUACAUAAAAAAUCUGAUUUGAACAAAAAAUCAGAAUUGGGCAUCAUACCCUGCAGUGUGAACGUAGGGGUAGGAGGAGACACUCACGCUGACAAGACAGCAGAGCAGAGAUGGAAAGAAUCAUAUACUGUAAAUGUAAGUAAUUACGCAUAAUUAUCCAUUUUCACAGUAACACCACUCAUGUUUUAUUAGAUAUUCAGUCCUUUGCUGCUCCAUGUAAAUAUUCUCCAUGUUUUGAAUUGUUGGUUGUGGCUACUUAUAGCUAGCCUGCUAACUUCACUGCAGUCUACAGCAUUUCAUAAUUGAUUAGAUUGUAAGUUGUAUUUUAAAAUUGCUCGCUAAUGUACAUUACAUUACUGAAGUGUACUGUGACAUUGGCAUUUUAUAUUGGCUAUCUAAUCACUCAUGCAACGCAGCACAUCAGUGAAGUCAGUUCACUGUGAAUUCUAACCACCCUAGUCCACCACCACUUGUCAUGGUGGGAUAUCUUAAUUAUUACAGGAAGUGAGCUAAAUAAAAGGUGUCAACAACAUGGCCAUGUGUGGGCAGCACACCACAUAUCAAACUUUAUUCAACCUUUGGAAUCUAACCUUGUCCCAUCUAUUUUUAAUUUUUUUUUUACUAUUACUCUAUAUUUGUUUUCAGCACACUAUUAUUAUACCACUGUUACUAUUAUGAUUGUAUUUCCAAUGAGGUAAUAGUUGUAGCCCAUCAAUCAUGCAUGUGUGUCAUUCCUGCAGGAGAUGCUGAGCUAAGUGAAGCCAGCCCUCUGCUACACCACACAGCACUCCAGGACCAUUCAAAAGCUGCAAUCCAAUAUGGACGGUCGGACAGCUACCGCGUGGCGACCACGCAGGACAAAGACGAGAAGGAGUCUCCCAAGAAAAAAGGAGGCAAGGACAUGGACGACCUGAAGAGGGAAGUCCCGAUUACAGAGCACAAAAUGUCUGUGGAGGAAGUUUGCAGGAAGUACAACACUGACAUCGUCCAGGGUCUGACCAACGCCAAGGCAGCAGAGUACCUGGCCAGGGAUGGCCCAAAUGCCCUGACCCCACCUCCAACCACCCCAGAGUGGGUCAAGUUCUGUCGCCAGCUGUUUGGCGGCUUCUCCAUCCUGCUGUGGAUUGGUGCCAUCCUCUGCUUCCUGGCCUACGCCAUCCAGGCUGCCACAGAGGACGAGCCCGCCGGGGAUAACUUGUACCUUGGUAUUGUGCUGUCAGCUGUUGUCAUCAUCACCGGCUGCUUCUCAUACUUCCAAGAAGCCAAGAGCUCCAAGAUCAUGGAGUCCUUCAAGAACAUGGUCCCUCAGCAAGCUCUGGUGAUCCGUGAAGGUGAGAAGAUGCAGAUCAACGCUGAACAGGUGGUGGCAGGAGACCUGGUGGAGGUGAAGGGGGGAGACAGGAUCCCCGCCGACCUCCGCAUCAUCUCCUCCCACGGAUGCAAGGUAGACAACUCCUCCCUGACAGGUGAAUCAGAGCCUCAGACCAGGUCACCUGACUGCACCCAUGAAAACCCUCUGGAGACCAGAAACAUUGCCUUCUUUUCCACCAACUGUGUUGAGGGCACCGCACGUGGUAUCGUGGUGUGCACAGGCGAUCGCACUGUGAUGGGCCGCAUUGCCACCCUCACCUCGGGCCUGGAAACCGGCAAGACACCCAUCGCUAAGGAGAUCGAGCACUUCAUCCACAUCAUCACCGGCGUGGCCGUCUUCCUCGGCGUGACCUUCUUCAUCCUGUCGCUCAUCCUGGGUUACUCGUGGCUGGAGGCAGUCAUCUUCCUCAUCGGUAUCAUCGUUGCCAACGUGCCCGAGGGCCUGCUGGCCACCGUCACUGUGUGUCUCACGCUGACCGCUAAGCGAAUGGCUCGCAAGAACUGCUUGGUGAAGAACUUGGAGGCCGUGGAGACUCUGGGCUCCACCUCCACCAUCUGCUCCGACAAGACUGGCACCCUGACCCAGAACAGGAUGACUGUGGCCCACAUGUGGUUUGACAACCAGAUCCACGAGGCCGACACCACUGAGGAUCAGUCUGGCUCCUCUUUCGACAAGAGCUCCACCACGUGGGUGUCGCUGGCCCGCAUCGCCGCCCUGUGCAACCGUGCUGUGUUCAAGGCCGGCCAGGAGUCCUUGCCCAUCCUGAAGCGCGAGGUGGCCGGCGACGCCUCCGAGUCAGCCCUGCUCAAGUGCAUUGAGCUCUCGUGUGGUGCCGUCAAGACAAUGAGGGACAAAAACAAGAAGGUCGCUGAGAUCCCCUUCAAUUCCACCAACAAGUACCAGCUCUCUAUCCAUGAAAGCGAGGAGGAAAGCGACAACCGCUACCUACUGGUGAUGAAGGGGGCUCCAGAGAGGAUCCUGGACCGCUGCUCCACCAUCAUGCUGCAGGGCAGGGAGCAGCCCAUGGACGAUGAGAUGAAGGAGGCCUUUCAGAACGCUUACCUGGAACUGGGAGGACUGGGAGAGAGAGUACUGGGUUUCUGCCACCUGUUCCUGCCAGAAGAGACUUACCCGAAAGGUUUCGCCUUCGACACGGACGACGUCAACUUCCAGACAGACAACCUUUGCUUUGUGGGCCUCAUGUCAAUGAUUGACCCGCCCCGUGCCGCUGUGCCUGACGCUGUGGGCAAAUGUCGCUCUGCUGGUAUUAAGGUCAUCAUGGUGACUGGGGAUCAUCCAAUCACAGCCAAGGCCAUUGCCAAGGGUGUGGGCAUCAUCUCCGAGGGCAACGAGACUGUGGAAGACAUCGCAGCACGUCUCAACAUUCCCGUGAGUCAGGUCAAUCCCCGGGAUGCCAAAGCCUGCGUGAUCCACGGAACAGACUUGAAAGACCUCAGCCAGGAGCAGAUGGAUGACAUUUUAAAGAAUCACACAGAGAUCGUCUUUGCCAGAACCUCCCCUCAACAGAAACUCAUCAUUGUGGAGGGCUGCCAGAGACAGGGUGCCAUCGUGGCGGUGACGGGCGACGGAGUCAAUGACUCUCCUGCCUUGAAGAAAGCGGACAUCGGCGUUGCCAUGGGAAUCUCUGGCUCGGACGUGUCCAAACAGGCUGCCGACAUGAUCCUGCUGGAUGACAACUUUGCCUCCAUCGUCACUGGAGUGGAGGAGGGGCGUCUCAUCUUUGACAACCUGAAGAAAUCUAUCGCCUACACGCUCACCAGCAACAUCCCCGAAAUAACCCCCUUCCUGUUCUUCAUCAUGGUCAACAUCCCUCUUCCUCUUGGCACCAUCACCAUCCUGUGCAUCGACCUGGGAACUGACAUGGUGCCAGCCAUCUCUCUGGCCUACGAAGCAGCAGAAAGCGACAUCAUGAAGCGUCAGCCCAGGAACCCGCUGCGGGACAAACUGGUCAACGAGAGACUCAUCAGCAUCGCCUACGGACAGAUCGGUAUGAUCCAAGCUCUCGGAGGCUUCUUUGCCUAUUUUGUCAUCAUGGCCGAAAAUGGCUUCCGGCCCUCUGUGCUGAUGGGCAUCCGGCUCAACUGGGACGACCGCUCCAACAACGACCUGGAGGACAGCUACGGCCAGCAAUGGACGUACGAGCAGCGCAAGAUAGUGGAGUUCACGUGCCACACGGCCUUCUUUGUCAGCAUCGUGGUGGUGCAGUGGGCCGACGUCAUCAUCUGCAAGACCAGACGCAACUCUGUCUUCCAGCAGGGCAUGAAGAACAAGAUUUUGAUCUUUGGCCUGUUUGAGGAAACGGCCCUCGCUGCCUUCCUGUCCUACUGCCCCGGAAUGGACGUGGCGCUGCGCAUGUACCCCCUCAAGCCCAGCUGGUGGUUCAUCGCCUUCCCGUACAGUUUCCUCAUCUUUGUUUACGAUGAGAUCCGAAAACUCAUCCUGCGCCGAAACCCUGGAGGUUGGGUAGAAAAGGAGACGUACUAUUAAAUUAUCAAAGCAUCAUAAACGUCUCAUCCCCACCCAGCCUCUCCCUUACCUUACUCCCGCCCUCCCUCACCCUCCUCUCACUCUCUCGCUUUCCUCUCGGAACUCUCGCUGGACCCUUCUCAAGCCCCGCCUUCUCACACUGCGCGGCCCGUCCCGCGCUCGCACCGACAGCUGAUUGGCGUGCGAAGGCGGGAGGCCGUCCAUCAUUGUUGUUUACAUUUAGACGAGUGCACGUCGGCAUGGUAACGCACGACAAGAUGUUUACUCUUCCUCCAUCCUCUUCUAGAAAAAAGAAAAAAACGCCAAGAUUUUGCUAGGACUAACAACGGGGGGGAGAGGAGGCACAUCCUCUCCAUCCCUGUACAUACAUCCAGUACGAGCCUGCCAUCCGCCGCCGUCGUGCCCAUGCUUGUUGCCAUGGCGCCUCAAGCCGCCUCCUCCGCUUUCAAAAUCAAACCCGACUGUUCCGCUGCCAUUGAGUCCAUGCCAGCUACUGCCAACAUACCAGCCGGCAAGGGGAGGGGGGUAGUAGUUUUUUUUUGUUUUUCUUUGCAUCCAGCUUCCGUAUCACUGCCGUUUUUAUCCCUUCCUUUUCUAUCUGCUCACUGCCAAUCUUCUACUGCCACUCCUCUUCCUCUUCCUCCCUAUCAACCAAUCAAUCUCACCCUCCUACAACAAACCCCUCCCUCCUCGUUGUGUUGUUGUUUUCUAACAGACGACUGGGUGUGUGUUUGUUUUUUUUUAAAGGUGUUGUUGUGACAAAGCACACCGUCUCCCUCCUUCCCAACCCCCCCACCUGUCUUAUCUGUCCCGGUUUGUCCGUUUUGUGAACCCCGUGUAACAUCUGCCGUCCUUGUAACCCCCCCCCACCUCCUCGCCCAAGCUCCUCACCUAACCCCACCUCCUGGUAACAAAAACAAAACAUUACAAACCUUUGGUGUCCUGGGAAAAAGAGAUUUCGCUCUGAUUUCAUGAUUUGAAUCCGUGUAAAAGUGCAACACCUUCACUUGUGAAACAGCAGCAAAAAAGAGAAAAAACAAUAGAAGAAAAAAAAACAGCUAAAAUAGAAGGAUCUCUCUUUUUUCACUUUGCUCUCCAGUUUGUUUUUGUGUCAUGACAAUGGAAAUAAACUCUGUGAACAGUUGCUACCGA